AUGCUCCCGAAGGCCGGCCGCCGCUUCUUCUACGCCGUCGCGCGCGGCCGCGAGACGGGCGUCUUCGCGACCUGGGACCAGUGCUCCAAGGUCGUCAAUGGCUUCGCCGGGGCCAAGUACAAAAAGUUCGACGACCGCGGCGCCGCCGAGGCCUUC